CUGACCUCCUACAGAGCUGCAGACCCUGGCUGACAGUGAGGAAGAGGAGCGUCUUCAUCGUGUUUGUGAGCAAUAAGUUAAAAGCGGAGAAGAAGAAGAGUGGCUAUGAAACCUGAUCCCCUCCCGCUCCUGCUCCUCCUGCUGGACUUAACUCGGACCAGAUGGUGAAGUUUAACGGAAAACUGGCGCAACGUUCGCGGAACUUUCUCCGCUUUUAGCAAACUUUUUCUCCAUAUAUACCCAACCUUCAGACGCAGAGAGGAAGAGGAGGAUGAAAGAGCGAAGCUCUUCUUUGAAGUCUCUUUAAACCCACGUGACCCCCUGAGGCGGAGAGCUGACUCGGUUCGACCGCUCGGACCGAACUUUUAGAUGUUUCUGCUGUAGACCUGAAAUCCUCCUCUUCCUCAGCGGCGCGGUGAUGAAGCUGAAGUGAAGAUUUCCUUUCAUGCGGUGCCUCCUGGCUUCAGGCGGCCUCCUCUUCCUCAGGAGCGUCGGGAUGCUGUUCCGCCGGCGCGCGUGUUCUGGCUCGCUGCUCGUGCUCGCGCUGCUUUGUCUCUGCUAUCAGACCCUGAUGGUGGACAGGACCCGGCCGUCAGAUGAGGAGACCCGGAGCUUCAUCUCCAGUCUGGAGGAUCUGCAGGGCGACACGCAGGUCCAGAUCUCAUCUCAGAGCCCCCCCCAGUACCGCCGGGCCGUUGUUCUGACUGGUCAACACCCGCUCUCUGACACUGGGGUUCAGCUUCACCAGCGGGUCCUGCAGCAGAUGGACUACAAGGUCCACGUGUCCAGAUACGCAGAGACCAGCAGCUUUCUGAAAACUCAGCAGGGUAUGGGGGGGUGGAGCCUCCUGCUGUGUCUCAGCAGUUCAGAGCGGAGUUGUCUGAGGAAGAUCAACUUCUCCCAGCUGCAGCAGCAUCAGAUGGUGAACCUGCUGCCUGGUCUGAUGGAGGCCUUUUCAGAUGCAGGUGGAGGUCUCUGCCACUUCUACAUUCGCUCCCAGCUCACAGAGUCAGAUUUACCCAUGAAGCUCCACUCCUGUGGAUUGACCAAUCACAAGCUUCACUUUCCUCUGGACAGUAGCUCUCCUUUCCAAGCCCCACCUCCUGCUCUGGUUGCCAUGGUGAAUGUUUACGUCCUGGUGACCUCUGUGACCCCUCUGACUUCCUUCAUUCAUGACAUCAGUGUUGUGAUGACCAAUCAGCAGCUGAGGGGGCGGUCAGUGAAGAUCACAGACUUCCUGCAGCAGCUUGGACCAACAACUUCCCAUCAUGUUUUGGGGCAGAUAAAGAGGGUGAUAGGGCAGGUGCUGCAGGCAGCGUUGACCAAUGAGAAGCAGGAAGCCGUUGGCAGGUGUGUGUCGUGUUUCCAGAUGCUCACCUUCACUCUGCUCUUCAGUGGCUCCAGCGCACCUGCUGUAGUCCAGGUGGACACAGAAUUUACCUUCUCCGCUCUGAGGGACGAGGCCUUCGAAAGACAGAUCACCAAAGACCGGAUCAUGGAGGACACUCUGCAAUUCCUGCUGUCUCCAUGGGCACACCUGUCCUCAGGGGCACAGAGGGAGCAGUACGGUGGCUGCAGAGGGACACUCGGCGUUUGUUUAUCACAUGACGAGUUUCUUCUUCUGCUGCUCUUCCAGCAGCGCCUGAAGAAGCCGUCAGCAUUCCAGUUGCUGUAUCCCAGCUCUUCCUUCUCCUCCUCCUCCUCGGCUCCUCUCAGUAUCUCAGACCUCCUGCUUAGGAUUAGCUGUUACUAUGAGCUGCAGACAAACAGCCGAGCUGGUAACACAGACCAGUCGACCAAUAUGCAGCCAUCUUCUUCGCAGCAUGAAGGUGUGUGCGUGGAUCCCCACCUACGACAGAUCUACACAGACCCCCCCCUCAUCCUGACUCCGCCCUUCAGCCCCUCAGUGAAGGAGUAUCACACCGAGGUGACAUUUGACACGGUGAUGGUUCGGAUCCGGCCAGAACCGGUCAGCAGCACCUGCAGGGUUCACCUGGACGAGCAAUGUGGACCAAGGAUGGCCAACUAUCCAGUUGGCCUAGGCAACGGCAGAAUCAGCAUCCUGGUGACGGGGGGUUUCGAGCAGAAGGUGGCUGUCAUGACGAUUUACACAGUCCACGUGCACCGAGAGAGUCGGCCCAGCAUGCCCAUGUUUGGAGAUCAUGUGAUGUGCAGCUUCGUGCAGGACUGUGGUCUCCUGGUCCAGCCUGGUGUCUCCUGUGGUCUUCAGCCUCACAUUACGUCUCAGAUUCCAGUUCAGACCUGCAGCUCAGGACAUGUCCCAGGCCGGUGGGUGGUUCCGUGUCUCAGCUGUUCUGACAACAGGACGUGUGAUUGGAGAGAGGUUGCCUGGCAAGCAGAUGGCUGUUACCACAAGGUGGUGCCCCGCCCUCUGCUGCAGGAGUGUAUGAGUGACAGGAAGGUGUUGUUCAUCGGGGACUCAACCAAUCGCGGGAUGAUGUACUUCCUAAUGGAGCGAGUCAACUCCAGUCUGGAGGACUGGGAGAAAGCUCACGACACGCUGGUUUACCCGUACCUGAAUGGAGGACGGACUCAGGUCAGCUACUCAUAUUACCCUCAGUUCUGGCUGGACAGAAAGCGAAGGCCGACGUUCAGGGAGGCGCUGCUGCAGCUGCUCGCCAGGUCCCGACCUCUAGAGAAUUCUAAUCGGACCAUUCUGGUGGUGGGUGGAGUCCAGUGGCUAAAUACCAACCAUCUGAGGACAGUCCAGGAGGUGUUGGACAGAGAGUUUCUGGGUAACAUCCUGGUGGUGGUGAAGUCUCUGGGCCUGGGCUUCCAUCUUCCUGUGGACGGGGUCCGGUCUUUGAGCCUGGUGGAGAUACAAAACCUGUUUAAAGAGAACAAAAAUGUCAUCGCCGCUGCAAAGCAUCAUGGGUAUGAGGUCAUUGACACGUUCAGCAUCACGAUGGGUCGAUACAAAGAAUUCCUGCAGGGACGAUGUGCCUGCCACUUCCACGAGGUAGAAAAGUUUAGGUCCUUGAAGACAUCUGAUGACUCACAAUCUUUCACCAAAAAGGUCGGACCUGCUGGAGUCAGACCUGCCAGAGCUGGAUCAGAAUUCCAACCUACCGUGCUGGACACGGACCAGGAGACUGGGUCCAGUCCCCAAAGCUAUCAUGUUAAAGGACCAGUGAACCAGGUGUACUCUGAGAUCCUGCUGAGCCGCCUGUGUCCCAAAGCCAGGGACGGGGGAACAGGUGAGACUCACCUGUUUCUGGACCGAGAUUGAACCGGCUGAUGCAUAAUCAUUCAACAGUUUUUCCCGAUUUCAACUAGAGAACGAGAACAAUCAUAAAGGUGGAAUUCCAGGAGUGUAUGUACCGAAAACUUAGACAAUAAAAAAGCUGCAGAGGGAAAUAUGAAGGUCAAAAAAACUGAUUAUCAGAUUAUUUAAUUUAAAGGUUAUUUAAUUAUUAAAAAAGAGAGAAUGCUUUUUUCACUGAACUUUUUCAGAACGUAAAGUGGCGUCGAUCCUUCAGGCGAUGUCUACGUACGGCUUCACAUUGGUUCAUCAUGUUCACCAGAAAUAUUAUGUUUCAUCCAAAUGAUGGUAAAAUAAAUCUGUAUUAAGGGUUCGGAUUACCUGGUCAUCUGAUCAUAAAUGGUCAGAUGACCAGGUAAAAGUCAAAUUAUCAGGAAACACUUUCAUAUGAUCAAUCAAACUUCUCUGUAAACUAGAUGUUGUUCUCUGCCUACAGUUUAAUUUCAACUAAGUAGUCCUUCAGUACUUGUACUAGCUGCUGUUUAAUGGGCACUAACUAGUCUCUAAGAUGGUUUUUAUUACUGCAGGUAACUAGUAAGUGUAGUGUGCUAACUUGUUUCUGGGUCUAACAGGUAGUUUACUUACCCAGUAGUAUUAACUAGUGUUCAUUAAUGCUAAUUAUUAUUAAAAGUUUACUGAAUAGGUUUUAGUUUAAAACCAACUUGCAAAGAAACUAGUUUUUAACAUUCAUUGGUAUAAUUGUACAUCUGCAUCAAUCCAAUGAACACUAUUCUGAUGAAUACUAACAGCUGUAGCAUAACUCAUUUACCACUUCUCACACUAACCAGGAUUGAGUUAAAGUUAGUGUCUGUUUAUUCUUUCAUUAAUUUUUCAGUCAUGAACUAAUUCAUGACCUAGCUUAACUGGUUCCUAACACAUAUUAUGUGGUGAGCAGAAGCCAGAAAUAACUAAUUAACAUUAACAAGUCUCUGAAGAAAAAUAACUAGGAUACAUUUUUAGUUAUUUGCCACAAACAAAUCUUUUAUUAACGCUAAUUAGUAUCUGGUUCACCUUACUAAACAAGUCUUAUAUACAACAGCAAAUGCACUAUUUGGUGCAUAUUAACUAUCUAGUCUAUUAGGAAUGGUAGUCUCUUGACCAUGCUAACUAGUUUCCAAAACAUAGUAAACAACACACUCACUAGCCUCCUGUGCACACUAACUAGAAUCCUAUACAAACUUUCCCACCUGUUCAUCAUUAACUAACUAUAGUUGCACAGUAACUGGUUUUCUGGUCAUACAAUUAUUUAAAGUAGACUAAAAUCUAUCUGGUGCUCAUUAACUAGUCUUUUAUUCGCAGUAGUCUUUCAUGGAUAUUAACUAGUUUUUUGUGUCUAGUAACUAGUAUCUGGUGAACUAUCCAAUCACAGGAGGCCUCCCAAUGUCCAUGUGCUGCUGUUUGUAUCUGAGCUGUGAUUGGGCGUCUCAUCAGAGUGUUUAUACUGGGCCUGGUGAUUGAUUGGUUGAUUGAUUAUUGUAUAUUGGAUCAUAUCAGAACCAAAGACUGGAUGGAAACCGCGUUUAUCACUAGAACCACUCGUCUUAUCUUAUUUCUUGUUGAUAUAUUUUCUAUAUUUUUCUACAGAUGUUGAUUUAUUUUUUUCUGAACUUGUGUAAAAACAUAUUUAUAUAAAAUCUUAAGCAAAAGCUGAAGAAAAUAUUUCCUAUUAAUAUUAAUAAAA